UAUCGUGUUUCCCGGAAAGUGUGAGUGUACUUCCGGGAGAUAUUGUGGGAGUAUAUCGCCUUUGUCUUUUGACCGAUCCGUAACACGAGCCAAGAAACGUCAUCAGUAAGUACGUGACAUUGGUAGUGUUAACAUUGUUGUGUUUUUGAAAUUCCCUUUUCAGCAGUGUAAGAAUUCACAAGGUAGGCCCAAUGCAGUGAUAAAUCAAAUGGAUGAUGGUUGAAACGUGUAGAAAUGUCAAGCAUGUGACCGUUUAUCACGCGUACCGUUGCGCACCGACAGCCAGGUGAGGGCAAGUUGUGUACAGUGUGCACCAAACGGGGCAAUCUCAGAAGCAUUGGAAAAGGUGUGUAGUAGAUGCCAACAACUAUUUUCUGAGGAAGAAAAGAAAUGGGCUGCGAGAUAAGCGGGGUGGAACACUAUCAUGUCAGAUACGCGUGGAGCAGGGACUAUCCCUCCUGCCACGUGCCGCUUGGCCAAUAUGGAUUUCACAGCCAGUCGUAAAAAAACGCAAUAAAAUAAAAAUGUUAAUUGAACACUAUGUUUACAGACAUGUUAACAAGACCUAGGUGUCAUCUGGUUACCGUCAUAGGAUGACGGGGCGCAGGAAAACCCCCGGAAAAAGCUAUUAGUUAAUUCUAGAAUAAUGUGACACAUCGGAGAAAGGUUUACUCAACAAUGGUAUAUAAUCAAGGUUUACAAUGUCCAACUCCACGGAGAUACUGGGUGUGCUCGGCCUAGGCUUACUAGCCAUGUUCUCAGAAGAUGGGUGACAGCGUUGGUGAGGUUCGCUGAUAAAAGCGGUUGUAAUUAUCAUUGUCUUACAUAGUGUUAGUAGGAUAUACCAGGGCUGUAAAUAAGGUUGGCGCCACCCUAUCUCAACAGACGAUGAAGGCCAAUGUAGUAAUCCCUCCUUUCAUUCUUGUGCAUAUUUUGCUACUUAAGGCAACAGAGUGCCGAUCUGUGCUGUCUGUAGACCUACCCCGGGGUUCGGAACAUCUUACGAGGACACGCCGUGACGAUAUCGACGACGAUUAUGAGGAGUACGACGAUUCAUUGGAUAUUGUGUCAACGCCGUUAACUGCUGACGAUAUGCGGCAGUUUAUUUUACCCGGUAUCUUACCGUUGUCUCCGGAACCCGAGGAUUCAAUUCAACUCGCGGACCUCUCUAACCAAGCCCCGGAAUAUAUGAUGGAGCUGUAUAAACAAUAUUCCUCCAGACGACUCGCCAGUCCGGAGUCGGCAAUCGUCCGGAGUUUCACCAACAUCAAUCAGGACGAAGAGACAGUUGGAAGUACAACGUUUACGGAGCGCCAAUCCAGAGUACACACAAUGAUUUUCAAUAUCACCAGUUUAUCUAUGGAGGAAGUGGUAGACUUGGCGGAACUCAGACUCUUUACCUUGGUGGAGAAGGACCGCAACGCGUAUAUAGGUGUCGACAGGAAGGUGUCUGUGUUUGAGGUUAUCCCCUCAAAUGACCAGCCGUAUAAACUCAUCAACUCCAAACAUAUAUACGGACGCAACAGCAACUGGGAGACGUUUGACGUCACUUCCGCAGUUAAACGAUGGGUGCGUGAUAUUAAUUCAGUGCAAAUAUUAGAAAUUAGAAUAGAAAACGUAUUUCAUAGUGUUAGUUACGGAGAGAUGGAUAUUGACGCUCGCCCGAAAACUAGGACGGAGCCGUUGUUGGUUGUGUUCUCCAGCGAAUACAGUAAGAACAAACUUCACAUGAAGGAGAGACACGAAAUGGUCACACAUGAAAUGGACUCGUUUGAUUUCAUGGGAGAUCUCAAUGAUACACAAACUAACCAAUCAGAAUCGAACACAUUACAACAUCGUUUCAAACGGAGGUCAAACAAGAAGGGGACGGUGUGCCGACGGCGCCCUCUAUACAUCCAGUUUAGUGAUAUAGACUGGGAUAGAUGGAUUAUCGCCCCUCAGGGCUAUCAGGCCUACCAGUGUGUCGGCAAGUGUUAUUUCCCAUUCAGUGACUACCUGUCUCCUACGAAACACUCUAUAAUACAGACCCUCCUCAACUCUAAAAACCCUAAAAAGGCCAGUAGAGCGUGUUGUGUUCCCACAAAGCUGGACCCUAUAUCUAUCCUGUAUGUGGAUGAACUUGGAGUGGUGACGUUUAAAUAUCAAUACGACGGAAUGGUAGUUAAAGAGUGUGGCUGUAGGUAACAUCAAAGAACAUGUUAUGUAUAAAGGAUCAUGGCUUUGGUUACCAAAGUCUUCAUUUAGAAAGAUUUCGUUUUGCCUUAAGGGUCGUUACCUCAAAUGUCCAGAGCGAAGGUUUAAUGAUAGUAAUAUAACAGUCUUCAAUGUGAGGAUUUUGUAUUGUAAGUAUGUUCAGAGGUAUAAAUGGUUAUAUUUUGAACUUCAUUCAAGAUUAGUGUCUCUCAAUAGUACACUUUAUGACUAAAUCAGAUGUUGUUCUGGAGAACUGGGUAAUCGUGUUUUUUACAGACCAAGCAAAGCAUUAUUAUAUUACAAGCGAUAGGUGAAAAUACACCAUCUUGAUUAAUGUUCUAAUUGUACCCGACCCUGAUUUCUGUCACACACGAUAAGUUUAGGGUACCCGACCCUGAUUUCUGUCACACACGAUAAGUUGAGGGUACCCGACCCUGAUUUCUGUCA